AGUAAACCUGUUAUCAACCUUCAUCACUCCCUUCAAGUACCUCAGCCCUGCUGCCCCAAAUAUGGAAGACGAAGACAAUUUAAGUACCAGCAGCACAGAAGUCAAGGAAAACCGAAACGUGGGAAACCUAGAAGCGAAACCACUCCCCGCCAGCGACAGGUCGCGGGGAGGGUCGGCAAGCGUGAAGAGGAAAAGGCCCCUAGAGGAAGGGAACAGCGGUCCUUUCUGCAAACUGCAGCUGAUCUGGAAGAAGCUCUCGUGGUCGGUGGCCCCCAAGAACGCUCUGGUCCAGCUCCACGAGCUGAAACCCGGUCUGCAGUACCGGACGGUCUCCCAGACGGGCCCGGUCCACGCCCCCAUCUUCGCCGUGGCCGUGGAAGUGAACGGACUGACGUUCGAAGGCACGGGCCCCACGAAGAAGAAAGCGAAGAUGCGGGCGGCCGAGUUAGCCCUGCGAUCGUUCAUUCAGUUCCCCAACGCCUGCCAGGCUCACUUCGCCAUGGGCAACGGCGCCAGCCCGCCCACGGAUUUCACCUCGGACCAGGCCGACUUCCCGGACAGCCUGUUCAAGGAGUUCGAGCCGUCGGCCCGCGGCCAGGACUUGCCGGGCUGCCACCCCGUGAGCGGCCCGUGGCUGGCCGGCCCCCGGAGGCGCGCGCUGCCCUUCCGCCACACGCUGGACUUGGUGGCCGCCCCCCAGCCGCCGCCGAACCCCGCCAAGACGCCGCCGUCCUCCGUCGAGAGCGAAAAGAACCCGGUAGUGCUCCUGAAUGAGCUGCGAGCGGGACUGAGGUACGUCUGCCUUUCGGAGACCGUGGAGAAGCGGCACCCCAAGAGUUUUGUGAUGGCAGUGAGAGUGGAUGGGAGAACGUUUGAAGGCUCAGGACGUAGCAAGAAGCUGGCCAAAGGCCAAGCAGCGCAGGCUGCACUGCAGGCCCUCUUUCACGUUCGGCUGCCCUCCCGCAUCCCCAGCAGGAGUAAAUGUACCCGUUUGCCACAGGAAUUCGCCGACUCAGUUUACCAGCUGGUGACGCAGAAGUUUCAGGAGCUGACAGAUAACCUGACGUCCAUGCAAACCCGCCACAAGGCCCUUGCAGGAAUUGUCAUGACCAGAGGCCUGGACGUCCGACAAGCCCAGGUCAUCGCUCUGUCUUCGGGCACCAAGUGCAUCAAUGGCGAGUACAUCAACGACCAGGGGCUCGUGGUCAACGACUGCCAUGCCGAGAUCGUCGCCAGGAGGGCAUUCGUUCACUUCCUGUACUCGCAACUGGAGCUACACCUGAGCAAACGACGAGAGGACUGGGAACGAUCCAUCUUCAUGCGAUUAAAAGAGGGAGGCUUCAGGCUGAAGGAGAAUGUUCUGUUCCAUCUGUACGUGAGCACUUCUCCCUGCGGAGAUGCACGCCUCAACUCUCCCUACGAAAUCACCACCGACUUAAACAGCAGCAAGCACGUGGUGAGGAAAUUCCGGGGACACCUGCGGACCAAGAUCGAGUCAGGCGAAGGGACCAUCCCCGUCCGGAGCCACAGCGCGGUUCAGACGUGGGACGGCGUGCUGCUGGGGGAGCAGCUCGUCACCAUGUCCUGCACGGACAAGAUCGCCAGAUGGAACAUCCUGGGGCUUCAGGGCGCGCUCCUCAGCCUCUUCAUCGAACCCGUCUACCUGCACAGCAUCGUCGUGGGCAGCCUGCAUCACACCGGCCAUCUCUCCAGGGUGAUGAGCCGGAGGAUAGAAGACGUCGGCCGGCUGCCGGCUCCCUACCGGCACAACCAGCCGCUCCUCAGCGGGGUGAGCCACGCGGAGGUGCGCCAUCCUGGAAAGUCCCCCCAGUUCAGCGUGAACUGGAUUGCGGGCAGCGCAGACCUGGAGGUUAUUAACGCCACGACGGGGAAGAGAAGCUGUGGGAAAUCAUCGAGGCUCUGCAAACACACGUUCUCCGCCCGGUGGAUGAAACUCUACGGCAAGCUGAGCUCCCGGAUACCAAGCCAUGGAGACACGCCAUCGGUAUACUGUGAGGCAAAGCUGGCGGCGCAGAUGUACCAGUCUGUCAAACAGCAGCUGUUCAGAGCGUUUCAGAGAGCAGGCCUAGGCACCUGGGUGAAGAAACCCCCAGAGCAAGAUCAGUUUCUACUGACUGUGUAAGACGGCUACACUCCUUUCUUCCCCAACCCCGUUAGGGCACGUGGAGAAGGCUAGGGCAAGAGGAGAGAUGGGUCGAUCUGUUCUUUUCGUUCAUUCUCAUUCUGUCCUGAAUGUCAUGAGUUUACAGUCUCUGAAACAUCCCACAUCACCCCUGCCGAAGACCCUGGAAACAUUCUGUGGGGGCUUGAGGUCAUACUGGCCAGGGAAGGGGAAGGAAGCAGGCGAGGUGGUAGCUUUUGGCUCAUGCUGACGCCCCGGCCCCCCAACCGUCCCGACAGCCAUGCUCUCCUGCUAUCCUUCUCGGUAUUGCAGCCGUCAGUUUGAAUAACGCGCUCAACUUGACUUUGGAAAAAAACGACAUUUUGUUUCACAUUGAUUUCCCUCCCUGUCUUACCUGCCAGAAAGUACUUGCUGGUGAGUUUGGGGCUUGGGCUCCCAGUAGAGGUUAUUCCAGAUGUUUCCCACCUGCUAGUUGCUCUGUCGCUCCCAGCCUCGUAGUGGAGCUCACGGCUUUGUUUUUCACUUCCCAAGCUCUUGGAAGGUCAGUGUGUUGCCCGCAGUGAGCACUAGGUAAGUAUUACUACUACUAGGUGGGGUGGGAGGGGAGAGGACGCUGAUGUAGUCCUCCUCCCUUUACCGAGGAGUUUUUAAGCAUGCCACUCAGCCGGACACCACCCACCCUACUAAACUUUCCGACGAGAGACUGCACCACAUCGUUCUCCUUACCAGGGAAUCGUGAGCAUCUUCCCUCCAGUUGUUCUCGUACUGCCACUCGAGGAAACUUUUCAAACCAACUACACGUCAUUACUACGCAGGUCCUGAGCUUUGUCCUGGGGAGAAGCUGAAUGUGUUCUAUGCAAAGCGGAGAGAGCCCCUCCCAUUCCCCCUGGUGAGUGAGAACACCCUUCCACCCCGCCAAGGGAAGGAAGGAGCCUCAAUCCGGCCCCACGCUACCCCACGCCUAGAUUUAAGGCGGCCUCUUCUGAUUGAAAAAGUCCUUAGGACGGACUUUGGAACGUGAGGCCAGAGCACCGUACCUUAAAGGCAAUCUCACGGUCGGUGCAGACUGCCAAGGCUGACUGUUCAGGCCUCAGAGUGGAUUUCUGGCUACCAGUUGGAGGUCAUCAGCAUCCAAUUUCACCAACCCUAGGGUCACAAACACCCCACCCAAAGUGAUCUCAGGAAUCUGUGGGGAGCAAAGGAAGGGUCUGGAUGGAAGUAGAGUUAACGGAGACUGGCCGUUUUGGUAGGAUUUAUUUCGACUUUUGAAAAAUCCCACAUUGAAGGGUCUGAUUACCUGUAUUUGCCUUCUCCCCUGCCCACACUCACCCCAACAAUGCCAGUCCUCUUUAAGCCCCCUGGCUCCCUCCUUUCCAGCUAUUUUUUUCAUUCUCAGCACUACUUGUGCUGUUGCCAGAGGCAACUUAGAAACUGACAGCACUCACAACUAAUCCAACCCAGCUAUUGUUUCCCUGUCACUGAGGAAAAAGUCCCCACCACAACCUCCAUCGUUCUGCUGCCAAUGGAGACAGCAUGACAGAAUCUUCCCCCGGGAGUGAACGCGUCCACUCUCGUCGUUUAAGCUUCGAAGGUGGACCUCCGAUCUGACCUACACAGGCAGUGUCGCAUUAUCAUGGCAUUUGGUUUAAAAGUUUUUGAUUUUGUUUUUCUCCAAGGCAAGGAUCUGCGGGUAUAUAAGUAUUGUUUUUUUUUAAUCCUGUGACUCCUUAAAUAUGUAUAUAUCCUGCUGCUGCUGACUCGUGAUGUGUCGUCCCGUUCCUCAGACUGUCAAGCUAAGUUACUUUUCAGACAAACCCAUAGCUCAUUUUUCCAUGUAAUUUCCUUUUCACGGAAAGCUGCUCUUAAAUUUUGAUGCUUUUUUUGGAUAGCAUUUACCAUGUCUGGAGAGCCAUAUACAGUAAGUACUUAGUAUACUGACACCCAGAAUAGAAUAGUUACGGUAUUCUAAUGCAAUCCUAUAAAUUCAAGGUGUGUUGAUAGGAUCUUGUUUUUUAAGAAAAUUAAAGCGCUAUUUGAACCUCACUGAAGUAAAGUAGGAGUUUUUCGUUUUGGGUAAGCAGACAUCCCUUCAGAUACCUAAAUAAUCCGUUCUCUGUCAAGCUCCCAAAGCCCUCCGCUAGCUAGCUACUCGUAACCAAGACAAACGAGUGGGAUCCCCCGACCUCCACAUCUCUGGGAGGAAUGUCUCCUCCUCCUCCCACCCCUCACAGUAAUGAAAAGGAAUCCAGCCACCCUACUUGCCUCCCCGCAGUCAGUCACUGCGCUGAGUCGGUGGAAGCCGGCAGAUGGUUAGGAAGACGUCAGCUCCCCCGGCCUGGACCUGCAGCUCCGACACCGAUAUCACGGCAGGGUGUGCGACCCCCACAUGUCCGCCCAAGGCAGGCAUAGCUGCAACCACAACCCCCUCUCCAAGUAGUCUGGCUUACCCACUCUGGAUCCCGAACAGCAACCAGAUAACGCUGCUGCUUCUGCCGCACUUCUUCCGUCCAUCUGAUGUUAGGCUUUGAGUUGGACGUCGGCUGCGGGGGCCUUAGUUUGUAUAGUCUGCCAAGGGUCUCUCCUGGAGCUUUCUCAUUCAAUCUGACUUCCUGAAACACCACCAAAUUGAAGGGAAAUCAGAAUUUCAUAGGUUCCGGUGUCAGUGGAGUUUGGAGCGUGGCAGGAUCUUUGGGAAGAAGAUGAGCACCCACACCAGAAAGGAUGCGGUGACCUGAUUUCAGUCCGGCACUGUUCCUUAGUAUAUGCAUUAACACAAUACAACCGGGAACACAUCCCAGCAAUUAAGUUCAGUAGACAACACUUUCUGCAGCAAAAGGAAUCUACUCAAGAGUAAUUCUUAAGGGAAGGAAGAUCUGUACAUAAAAAGCAUGACUGAAUGGCAAUACUGUACUAAUGGAUGUACAUUUGUAAUAUUUGUAAAAAGAAAUCCAAAUUUACAUAUGUGAAUUUGCUGCUAAGUUCUGUAAAUUGCACUUCAGUGAUAAGUGAAUGUUUCUGUUAAGUGAAUAAAAAUACAAAGUAAAAUUG